AUGUCAUAUCGCGGCCGAGGCCGUUUAAAAAAUCCUUUCUCUGCUUUAGCUAUUGCUGCUGUUAUAAUUGCGGCGGCUGCGGCGGCUAUACUACGCACUCUUAUCCUCGAAGCUUCGCUUCUUCCUUUAGACCCUUUUACUAAGCGCUUGCUUAUGCUAACGACCGUUAAGGCCUUAAAGUGCAUUAAAUGCAUUAAUAAUAAGAUCAUAUCGAGGUCUAAUAAAGACUGUUAUAAUUGCGACACGAGCGUUAUACGCUAUUUCCGGUAUGUUAAAAGUAGCUAUAGCAACUGUACCGCUGCUUUUGCCGCUGCUAAUACCGCUUUCGAUAACUUCCUCGCUUUAAAUGCUGCCUUUUUAAAAAGUGCUGCUAGUAGUCCGAGCGGUCUAGCGAAUAAAAGUAAAGGUUUUAAAAGUAGUCCCGGUGGCCUUGCAAGUUUUGCUCUUGCUCUUAAGACUUUUAAUUUGAAUGUAGCUUUUAUUAAAUUGAAUAGUCUUGUAGUAGCAAACCGUAGUCCGGUGACGCGGAGCGCCUCGAGCAUAUCAUCCUUUCCUCUUGCGCUUGCCGCCCUUGUUGCUCCCGUCGCCUUCGCUGCUCUCGUCGCCUUCGUCGCACUUAUUGUCGUCGCUCUCUUUGCGCUAGUCGUUGCGCUUGCCGCUCCCGCGGCGGCGCCCGCCGUUGCUAUGACUCUUGCGGAGCGCCGAGCUAAAGUAAAAAGAUUGCUAAGAGCUUUAGUCGAUCUUUUAUUAUAA